AUGUGUAAAUAUGAUAGUCAACGAAAAAGAGCUGCUGCUCUUACAUUAGUUACAUAUACUGCUGUUUUAUAUAUCUCACCAACAUCAAAUAUUAUAUCAGAACUUAUUAGAUUAUAUAUGGCUACUUUGAUUGCAAUUGAUAAAGAUUAUGAAAAUCAUAUUAUUAUAUAUCCUUCUGAAUCUGUAUUUUCAGAAGCUUCAUUAGAAUUAAUAUCAGAAGGAAAUGUUUUGAAAGAGAUUCUUCAAGAAUUAGAUCUCACUUUACAAUUAAGUGGUACAAUAUUAAUUCAGAUUAAGAAUUAUGCAUAUAAAGAUAGUAAAAUAAAAUAUGAACUUGAAUUUCCACUUUUACCAUAUGAUAUUUUUGAAGAUAAUUUAGCCAAUGAGUUAAAAGAUAACAAUUUAGGUUUAUUAUUACAUGUUCAGCAUAUAUUAAUAAAUCUUCAUUAG